AUGAUAACAAAACCCACCGUCCUCAUUACAGGCUGCAGUGACGAUGGUAUUGGCAGCGGCCUGGCUCUCACCUUCCACGAACGGGGCUACCACGUCUUUGCGACUGCACGAAACAUCGAAAAGUUGACAAGGCUCAAAGACAUGCCAGAUGUUACCCUGCUGACUCUCGAUGUUUUGGACCAAGCCCACAUCGAUGCCGCGGUACAGGCGGUGCAGAAGCACACCGGGGGAACGCUGAACUACCUGGUCAACAACGCCGGGCGUAACCACUUCAUGCCUGUCCUCGACGAAGAACUUGAUUUCACGAGGAAGCUGUUCGAUACUAAUGUCUGGGCCCCGGUGGCAAUUACCCAGGCAUUCGCUCCUCUUCUGAUCAGGGCUAAGGGGACAACUGUCUUCAUUACGUCUAUCGCUGGUCAUCUUAAUGUGCCGUAUAUGGGAGUUUACUCCGCAUCUAAACGUUCGUUGGAGGUUAUUGCCGAGACGCUUCGACUGGAACUGGCCCCAUUCCACGUUGGUGUAUUGUCCAUUGUUACGGGCGCUGUAAGGACGCUGGGACAAACAUACUUCGGUGACUUCAAGCUCCCCGAGGAUUCAUUGUACAUGCCAAUACAGGACACGAUUGCGCGCAGGGCUCGUGGCGAGGACGGUAAGAGCAGGGCUGAUUUGAUGACAUACGCGAAACAGGUCGUCUCCCAGAUUACUAGUGGCGCGUCAGGGAAGUUUUGGUGCGGCGAUGAUGCGGAAUCUGUGAAAUAUGGAUCGAUCCAUCUUCCGUCUUCUGUUAUGGAUAGUGGUGUGGUGCAGGAUACGGGACUUGAUGUGCUGGCCGCACAGAAUCAGGAGUGA